UUCAAAUCAAGAAUCAGGUAAAAGAUCAUACAAACUCUCUCUAGAUCAAUCAAAAAUGCAGACAGGCAAAAACGCAGCGGCGUCCGUCAAGGAAUCAGCAGCCAACAUGGCUGCAUCUGCCAAGGCUGGAAUGGAGAAGACCAAAGCCACCAUGCAAGAGAAGGGUGAGAAGAUGACUGCUCAUGAUCCGAUGCAGAAAGAAAUGGCUAGAGAGAAGAAAGAUGAGAGGAAACAUGAGGCUGAGUAUGAGAAGCAAGCAGCACGUGAGCAAAACGCUGCCCAGAGACAGGCGGCGGGAACCACCGGAACCCACACCUACUCUACCACCGGCGACUACACUGGCACCGGCGGGACUUACCGUUGAUGGAAUAAUUACCUGCUUUAUUGUGAUGUGUUUUCUUUAUACGUUGGCGUGGAAUAAUUUGGUGUUUUCGUGGAUUUUGGACUGUUUAUAGUUUGAAUACGAUGUAAUAUAUAUGGUUAAUAAUACUACAUGUCAUAUCUCUCUCUCUCUCUC